GCAACCAGAGCCAGCUGAUUCAGAAUGGUGCCAUCGCCAACUUCGGCCUGGGACAGCAAGGCAUGCACUUUGCUGCGGGCAAGGACUACCGUGGCUUCCUGUACGCAAAAGCGGAUGGGUCUGCCACACUCAGCGUGUCUCUCGUCGCUGAACACAACGGCCGGCGGCAGCUUCUGAACUCUACAACUUUCCAGUUGAAGAGCUCCAACACUUGGGUGCGCCUGGACUUUGUGCUCACGCCGGCUGCAUCCAGUUUCUGCGCCAUGGCAAUGCCGAACAGCAGCUUCGUUCCCCGCGCCAAGCUUUGCGGGUACAGCACUGCGAUCCCGGAAGUGCAAUCGGGCUGCUACCAGUGCACAGGCGGCAUCAGCCUGGACGUUCGGGGUGCUCCCGUGCGGAUCGACUCGAUUUCCCUGCAACCAGGCUCCUGGGGGCGCUUCCGAGGGCUGCCUGUUCGAAAGGACGUUGCUGAAGCCAUGUUCAACAUCGCCGGCUGGGAGCUUCUUCGUUUAGGUGGCAGCAUGUGUAAUGCCGCGGGCUAUUCCUGGAAGAACUUCCGUGGCACCCGGCGGGAUGCUUACAGGGGCUUCUGGCACCCUGUGGCGUCCUCCAGCUUCAGGAUCUUCGAGGUUUUGGAGCUCUGUGAAGUUGCAGAGGUUCAGUGCGCCAUCACGAUGAACAGCAACGAGGAUCCAACAGACAUGGCAGAUUUCGUGGAGUACUGCCAUGGACCUCCCAACACGACCUGGGGCUCCAUGCGCGCACUUGACGGGAGAAAAGAAGCUUAUAAGCUCUUCGUCAUAGAGAUUGGAAAUGAGCAGCCGCUGUCGAUGGAGUUUGUCAAGAAGGUAGAGUCCAUCACGGCGGCCAUGCGGCAAAGAGCCAAAGACUUGCUCUUGCCCUUCCCGCUUCGGAUUGCUGUCGGGCAGAACAUUGAUGUGACGCCCAACUUCGACACGGCCGAGGGGCGCUCACUAACCACGAAAAUGCUGGCAGUUUUGAAGCCUUUCGGCGGGGCUGCCGCGUGGGAUGCCCACAUCGGAGGUGACGCCUUCUCAGAUGUUGAUGACUUUCGAGCAUUACUGCAAGCAAGCUCCGAAUUCUUUCGGCGAGCUGGUGCCACAAAGCUCGUUGCGUUUGAAGAGAAUGGAAAUACCCAUGACCUUCAGCGAGCCCUUGUGCACGCGCGCUUCAACAUUCUGUCGUCAUAUCACGGAGCCUUUUUUCAGCUCGAUGCCGCCGCGAAUGGCCUGCAGGUCUUCACCCAAAACGACAACGGCUGGGACCAGGGGCAGAUCAUGAUGACACCCGACAAGGUAUGGUUAACUCCUUACGGCUGGGCGCAGGCCAUGCUGUCGCAGCAUGCGAAGGAUUUCUACGUCCCGCUGGCCGUGUCCAAAAGUUCCGCGGCUGUCAGAGUGGACAUCGGAGCGUAUCAGUCGCAAAACCAAAGCAUAGGACUUCGUGUGGUAAACUGGGACACGACGCAGGCCAAUCUCACUGUGCGAUUGAGGUGGCCUUGGCCCCUACCUGCCGUUCACGCCUGCGUUCUCACUGCCCCCAACUUGGCGGAUGUGAAUCCUCCAUGGGAGCCGGAGAAGGUUGCGCCCCAAGCCUUUCUCGUCGCUACCCACUGCUCCGACGGCUUCCUCAGCGUGGCGAUGGAGCUGAAGCCAUGGUCUUUCGUGACAGCGUCCGUC